GUGUCAGCUCCAACAAUGGACGAUGAAGAUGAUUUAAAAUCACCUUCAAAUGCAAUAAAAAUCAAAUAUGACCUUACAACUAUGAUAAAAAUAAAAAGAAAUCGUCUAAUCAAAUCCACUGAUAAAGGUGAUGACACUAAAAAAGGAAUAGAGGCUUGCAACAAUGUGGACAUUUUGAUUAAGUCUGAAUGGGGUGAGCGUGUGACGAAACUGGCUAGAACAAUAUUAAUUUUGAGAACAUUUAGUCAAAAUAAGGCUAUACCAAGUCCAGAAGAUGUAAGAAAGUUAAAUAUUCAUCUAAUAACAAGGUUGAAAGAUUUCCAAUAUAAGGAAGAUGUGUACAGCAGUCUAUGCACGAUUGCACAAGCCAGACUCCUCCUAUAUAACAAAAGAAGAUCAGGGGAAAUAGAUGCAAUGAGCCUCAAAGACUUUAACACAAAUAGAAAAACUGAAUUAAAUGAUGUAGACAAAUCACUAAUUGGAGACCUGUCAGACCUGGAAAUGCACCUUCUUAGCUCGCAAGAUCUGAUAAUCACCAGGGGUAAACGCUGUAGACCUGUACCAGUUCUUGUCCCUGAAGAUGUUAAACCAGCUCUGAACUAUAUUGCAGAUUUAAAUAAUCGAAGAAAGGCAAAAAUUAAAGAUUCCAACAAGUACCUGUUUGCAACAAAAGGUGCAGGAGCAGUUAGAAGUUAUGACUCGAUCAAAAAGAUAUGUAGUGAAUUAUCCUUGACAAGUCCUGAAAGAAUAACAUCAACUGCACUUAGAAAAUACACUGCCACACUUGCUCAGGUUUGUGUCAUCUUUUGAAAACAACACUUGUGUAAUUUUAUUGACUUUUGUAGUCCAAUGGAGACAUAUACUCUUUUUUUUUUUUCUUUUUCAUUGGCAUACUUAAUUACAUUCUAGUGUUUU